UAUAUAGUCUCAACAAAGAGGGAUAGGGAUAGACAUAGAGGAGAUGUGGGAUCUCAAUACAAGCUCACCAUUCUCAAUGGAGAACAAUCAAGUUGUUGUUAACAAAGGCAAGGCACCGGAGACGAUCUCCGGCAACUCCUCUUCUUCAUCAUCGGCCAUUGUUAUCGAGCCCUCCGAUGAUAUCGACACCACCAAUCCCAAAUUCUUCGAGUUUCCGAUCCUUCAUCAGCAUCAAACCCCUCAUCAGUCUCCUACAGUAACUCAUCAGUUCUUUCCUACACAGAGCUUGAGCCUUUCUUCUGCUCCUGAUAUUGUUCUCCAGCCACCGGAGACUGUCCCCGGGAAGCCGAAGAAUGUUGUUGUUUCUCAACUAGUCAAGAAGAGUCGCCGUGGCCCCCGAUCGAGAAGCUCAGAGUACCGUGGCGUCACCUUCUAUCGGAGAACCGGCCGGUGGGAAUCACACAUAUGGGAUUGCGGAAAGCAAGUUUAUUUAGGUGGAUUUGACACUGCACAUGCGGCCGCACGGGCUUAUGAUCGAGCGGCGAUCAAGUUUAGAGGCAUCGACGCAGACAUUAACUUCGCACUGGAGGACUAUGAGGAAGAUAUGAAACAGAUGAGUAAUCUUUCAAAGGAGGAGUUUGUCCUUGUUCUCCGGCGACAGAGUGCAGGAUUUCCGAGAGGCAGUUCAAGAUUCCGGGGAGUUACAUUGCACAAAUGCGGCAAAUGGGAGGCAAGAAUGGGCCAGUUCUUAGGCAAAAAAUAUGUCUACUUAGGCCUUUUCGACACUGAAAUUGAAGCCGCAAGGGCUUAUGAUAGAGCUGUUCUUAGGUGCAAUGGAAGGGAUGCAGUCACUAACUUCAAUCCAAGCAUUUAUGAGAAUGAGAUCAAUUCAGACAUUGGAGAUGCUGGACAUAACCUUGAUCUAAGUUUAGGGUGUUCCGGAUCGGGAUCGAAAAGAAGUGUCCUUGAAUCAGUAGACAACCGAAACACAAAGCCAAAGAUUGACGAUAAGCUUAAAAUGACGGUUGUGGAAAAUAAUGCGGCUGUGCAGUACUAUACUUCAGUGAACUAUCACCAUAACCGGAGCGGUGGCAAUGGCAACACAAUUGUUGGAGGAGAAGGCCUUUCGUUGACGAUUGGAGGUACGACCGGCGCAGAGCCGAAAUUUCAACAUUUACCUCCUACAUUGUUUGCAGAGCCGAAACUUCAGCAUUUACAGCCUACAUUGUUCGUGACUAGCAAUGCCGGCGCCGCGGCAUCAUUAGGAUUCCAGAUGAUAGGAAUGAAAAAAGAAUGAAGAAAAAGAUGGUUGAAAUUUUGGGGAUGUUGUUGACCUUUAGAUGUUCAGAAGGAGA